AUGGCUACAAAGGUGGCGUGGAUCAAGGCCGACACCAAGGCCAUCCUGGCCAUCCACGAGCACGUCAUCACCAACAACCAGCGGCUUUCCGUCACGCACAACGACUUCAACACGUGGACCCUCAACCUGCGUGGCGUGAAGCGCGAGGACCGCGGCCAGUACAUGUGCCAGGUCAACACGGACCCCAUGAAGAGCCAGACGGCGUUCCUGGAGGUGGUGAUCCCACCGGACAUCAUCUACGAGGAGACGUCCGGAGACCUGAUGGUGCCCGAAGGAGGCUCGGCGAAGCUGGUGUGCAAGGCGCGCGGCUACCCCAAGCCCAAGGUGGUCUGGAGGCGGGAGGACGGUGGCGACAUCGUGCUGCGCGGGGGCCAGAGCUCGAAGACCAGGGUGCAGUCGGUGGAGGGGGAGGUGCUGACGCUGACCAAGGUCACCCGCUCCGAGAUGGGCGCCUACCUCUGCAUCGCCGCCAACGGCGUCCCGCCCUCCGUCAGCAAGAGGAUGAUGGUGCACGUGCACUGUGAGUCACCCAGCACCUCAAAUAUGUCUGCUGCUGCCAAACGCUGCUGUUUGUGCUCGUAA